AUGGGUUCCAUCGCAUUCAAAUCUCCACGUGUUAUCAAGGCACCGGGUCUUCCAUAUUUCACCCCGGCCAACAAUGGCGGUGCAGCUCUGAACCCGCAAGACCCGAGCACGCCAACUUUGUUUCGGCAAUUGCAUAUCCGCGAUGUGACAUUCAAAAACAGAAUCAUGGUCGCGCCCAUGUGCAUGUACUCGGCGGACCCAGAUCCAUCUUCGCCGGCAGUUGGUGCCCCUACCGAUUACCAUAUCGCGCAUCUCGGCCACCUAGCCACGAAAGGCGUCGGCCUUGUAAUCAUCGAAGCAACCGCAGUGCAGCCGAAUGGCAGAAUUUCCCCAAAUGAUCUGGGUUUGUGGCAAGAGGGCACCGACUCUGAGCAAUUCAAGGGACUGCAGCGUGUUGUGAAUUUCGCUCAUAGCCAAGGGGCCAAGGUCGGUAUUCAGUUGGCCCAUGCCGGUCGGAAAGCUAGUGUCGUUGCCCCCUGGUUGUCAUCUGAGGGCAAGAAAAGCAGUAUGAAAGCGGAUGAAAGUGUCGGUGGCUGGCCGACUAAUGUUGUCGGUCCCUCCGGGGGCGAAGAGCACAUCUGGGCCCCGGGAGAUGUCAAGUAUUGGCCGCCCCGGGAGCUCAAUACGGCUGAGGUUGAAGAGAUCGUACAGGCAUUCGCUCGCAGCGCGAAUUUGGCUGUUCAGGCUGGUGUCGAUUUGAUCGAGAUUCAUGGUGCUCACGGUUACCUGCUGAACCAAUUCUUGAGUCCGGUUACUAACCGCCGAACCGAUAAAUACGGCGGGAGCUUCGAAAACCGGGUCCGAUUUUUGCAGGAGGUUUGCACCGCGACUCGCGCUGCCAUUCCUGAUGGUAUGCCCUUGUUCCUACGCAUCAGUGCUACUGAAUGGUUGGAAGAACAAGCGGUCGCAGCGGAGGUUGGCAGCUGGGACAUGCCUUCAUCGAUCAAACUGGCAAAGUUGUUACCGGAAUUUGGGGUCGAUCUUUUGGAUGUCAGCUCCGGUGGUAACCACAAAGAUCAGAAGCUCCAGCCACACACCAAUUACCAAAUUGAUCUUGCGGGCGAGCUUCGCAAAGAGAUCCGCAAAGCGGGCCAGAAGACGCUGGUGGGUGCAGUCGGUCUGAUUACAGAGGCCGAGCCGGCUCGUCAGAUCGUUCAAGGCGCUGACGAAGCGGAGGCUACGGAGGAAAUUCUUUCAGGGCAGGAGCCUAAGGCCGAUGCUGUCCUCAUGGCUCGCCAGUUUCUUCGAGAGCCCGAGUGGGUUUUUACAGCGGCAAAGAAAUUGGGUGUCCCAGUGUCUGCCCCGUACCAGUUCGCUCGAGCAAUCUUGUAG